UAAUGCUCCCCGAGUCCGUGCGGUGCGACUACAGAGAGCGUCACGGGGAAGAUGUGCUUGCUCGCCUCUGCCUCUUGCUGGACGCACAGAGGCGAUGAAGAUGAUUUGACUUUGGACACCAAACAACCUUAACCUUUCUUGCGUCUUCGCUUGUUUAUUUAUUUUUCCUUUAAUUUGAUCCUUCCAAACAUCUUCCCAAAAACUGUUCUAGUUAAUUGAGGUAAUUAGAGCGUCGGACUUUUUCUUUCUUUUUUUUUUUUAUUACAUUGAGUUAGGCAGUUAAAGCCUACUAUUGUUAAAUGGUCUUUUUGUACACGCCUCUGACUCAGCAUCACACACGCACACACUCUCGCACACACGCACGUGCGCACGCGCGCGCACACACACCUGGGCUUCACCCCCUCAGCAUCCUUUUGAGAAGCGGCAAGGCGCAGAGCAGAGGAGAGUGUGCACAGCUCUCCCCGAGACAAUCACAGGGCUCAUUGAUGCUCCAAAAGUGGGGCAAAAAAGUAGCCAGGAGAAAUUAAAAGUACAAGACUCGGGGAGGCUCGCUUGAAGACAAAUGUUUAACAUCACCCUUAACGCUCUGAAGAGAACCCCAGGAAGGCACCGGUGUGAGGAAGAAGAGAAAGCAUAGCUGUGGGGGGAUUGAACGGAGCAGGGCAUGUGGAUAUUGGCUUUUACCUUGUUCCAGAGCAUCUUGAAUGUUUUCAGUGAGGACCUACAUUCUAGCUUAUACUUUGUCAAUGCAUCGCUUCAAGAGGUAGUAUUCGCCAGCACCACAGGGACCUCAGUGCCCUGUCCUGCUGGGGGUGCAGCUCCUGCUUCAUUGCGCUGGUACCUAGCCACCGGUGAGGAAAUCUAUGACGUCCCGGGCAUCCGCCAUGUCCACCCCAACGGAACACUCCAGAUCUUCAACUUCCUGCCAUCCAGCUUCAGCAAGCUGAUCCACGACAACACGUACUACUGCACUGCCGAAAACCCCGCCGGCAAAAUUAGGAGUCAGGAUGUCCACAUUAAAGCUGUUUCACGGGAACCCUACACAGUUAGAGUGGCCGACCAGAAGGCUAUGCGGGGCAGUGUAGCGGUCUUCAAGUGCAUUAUCCCUGCUUCUGUUGAGUUCUACGUCAGCGUUGUAUCAUGGGAGAAAGACACGGUCUCAAUCAACUCAGGACAAAGAUAUCUCAUCACACCUACAGGAGCCUUGUACAUUUUGGACGUCCUGCCUGAGGAUGGGCUGAAUAACUACCGCUGCACCACACGUCACCGCUACACUGGGGAGACUCGACAGAGCAACAGUGCACGUCUCAUUGUGUCAGACCCCACCAAUGCCGAGCCAGGCAUCUUGGACGGUUUCGACCACCGGGACGUGAUGAUUAAUCAUCGAGUGGAGCUGCCCUGCAAGGCGUCUGGCUACCCGUUCCCCAAGUACCGCUGGCUCAAGGACAACAGCCCGCUCGAGCCCGACAGUCGCUUCCGCCAGACCGUCACAGGUUUGCUGAUAGAGAGCACUCAGCCGAGCGACUCUGGGACGUAUGUUUGUGAAGUUUGGAACAGCUACGGCAACGCCGAGGUCAUGGGCCACCUGCAUGUCAGACAAUCUUUGAAGGCAAUGGUCAGCCCUCGGAAAGUGAAAGGCAGCGUGGGAAGCAAGGUGUCUCUCUCCUGUAGCGUGAGCGGAUCUGACGAGUACGAGUUGUCGUGGUACCGUAACGGAGAGAUCAUCUACCCCGGCAACAACGUCCGUUUCACCGGUCUCAACCGGGAGAAUCUCAUCAUGGAAGGAAUGUCAAAGAGCGACGGCGGGGCCUAUCAGUGCUUUGCCAGAAAGGGCAAAAUGUCCGCUCAAGACUUUGUGCAAGUCAUCCUCGAAGAUGGUACGCCAAAGAUCCUCUCCUCCUUCAGCGAAAAGGUGGUAAACCCGAAUGAGCCCGUCUUCCUGGUGUGCAACGUCAAAGGCACGCCGCCGCCCCGCUGCAUGUGGUCGCUGGACGACGACCCGGUCAUCAAAGACAGCCACCAUCACCUGGGACACUACGAUAGCCACGAGGGCCACGUGGUCAGCCAGCUCAACGUGACGCACACGCAGGUGCAGGACGGCGGCGUGUACCGGUGCACGUGCAGCAAUUCGGCCGGCCUCGUGUACCACCAGGCUCGAAUAAACGUAAGAGGCCGUGCCAGCAUCCGUUCGAUGAAAAACGUCACCGCCGUCGCUGGACGGGAUGCCUUCAUUCACUGCCGUGUGAUUGGCUAUCCUUACUAUUCCAUCAAGUGGUACAAGAACUCUGCCUUGUUGCCGUUCAACCAUCGACAGCGGGCCUUCGAAAACAACGGCACGCUGAGGCUUACCAAUGUGCAGCAGGGAGACGCCGGAGAGUAUAACUGCAAAGUGAUGGUCCAACCCAACAAGAUGGACUCCCAAAGUGUCCACCUCCGUGUGAGAGUCCCUCCCUACAUUCAGCCCUUUGAGUUCCAGCGUUUUACCAUCGGUCAGCGUGUCUUUAUCCCCUGCGUGGUCAUGUCAGGUGACCGGCCUCUGGACAUCACCUGGCAGAAAGAUGGACGACCUAUCCCGACUAGCCUUGGCGUGACUGUGGAUAACAUUGAUUUCACCAGUUCACUGAGAAUCUCCAACCUGACGCCUGACCACAACGGCAACUAUACUUGCAUUGCCCGCAAUGAAGCGGCCGCUGUGGAGCACCAGAGUCAGCUCAUUGUUCGAGUUCCUCCUCAGUUUGUGGUUCAGCCCGAGGACCAAGAUGGAAUCUAUGGGAAAACUGUCACUCUCAACUGCUCUGCAGAAGGAUACCCACCACCCACCAUUGUAUGGGAGCACUCCAAAGGUGCAGGUGUCCCCCUGUUUCAGCCCAUCCUCCUGAACAGCGGCUCUCGCAUCCAGCAGCUGAGUAACGGAUCCCUGCUGAUCAAACACGUGCUGGAGGACGACAAUGGCUUUUACCUGUGUAAGGUCAGCAACGACGUGGGUGCUGAUGUCAGCAAGUCCAUGUACCUCACUGUCAAAAUCCCGGCCAUGAUCACGUCGUAUCCCAACACCACCCUGGCCACACAAGGGGAAGAGAAGAAGAUGAGCUGCAUAAAGAUGAGCUGCAUAGCACAUGGGGAGAAGCCCAUCAUGGUGCGCUGGGAGAAAGAAGAACGCAUCAUCAACCCUGAGACCAGCCGAUACAUAGUCAGCGUCAAGGAGGUGGCCGACGAAGUCAUCUCAACGCUGGUGAUUAUGCCCACCGUACGCGAGGACUCUGGUUUCUUCUCCUGUCAUGCCAUCAAUUCUUUUGGAGAAGAUCGAGGAAUCAUACAGCUUACAGUGCAAGAACCUCCUGACCCACCUGAGGUGGAAAUCCGGGAAGUCAAAGACAGGACAAUAGCACUUCGCUGGACCAUGGGCUUCGAUGGCAACAGCCCUAUUACAGGAUAUGACAUAGAGUGCAAGAACAAAUCAGCUUCAUGGCUAUCAGCCCAAGUUACCAAAGAUGUGUCACCACAACUCAACCAGGCCACUAUCAUUGACCUUCACCCUUCUUCCACCUACAACAUCCGCAUGGUUGCCAAGAACAUCAUCGGCAACAGCAACCCGAGCAACGAACUCACCAUCACUACUGAUGAAGCUGCUCCUGACGGCCCUCCACAAGAUGUCACUCUAGAGCCCACCUCCCCACAGAGCAUCAAAGUCUCCUGGAAGCCUCCCCACAAGCACUUGCAGAACGGUGUGAUCCGAGGCUACCAGGUGGGCUACAGGGAGUACAGCCCUGGUGGAAGUCACCAGUUCACCAUCAUCAGCGUGGACACCACAGGAGACACAAUGGAGAGCAUUGUGCUGGACAACUUGAAGAAGUUUACGCAGUACAGCGUGGUAGUCCAAGCGGCGAACCGGGCCGGGACUGGUCCAUCUUCGCAGCAGGUGGUCACCAAAACCUUGGAGGAUGUGCCAUCUCGGCCUCCUGAAAAUGUGCUUGCUGUGGCCAAGUCCCCCGAGGUUAUCUCCCUCUCCUGGAUUCAGCUUCCGAGAGAGGCUCUUAACGGAAACCUGCUGGGCUACAGAGUCAUCUACUGGGCAAACCUGCUUGAUGGAGAACUCGGUGAAAUCAGGAACGUAACCACCAGUCAGCCAUCUCUGGAACUGGAUGGUCUGGAGAAAUACACUAACUACAGCAUUCAGGUGUUAGCCUUCACCAGUGCUGGAGAUGGCGUACGCAGUGAACAGAUUUAUGUGCGGACCAAGGAAGAUGUUCCUGGUCCCCCUGCAGGCGUUAAGGCCGCUGCCUCCAGCAGUUCUGUGGUGUUUGUCUCCUGGCUGCCUCCUCUCAAGCUCAACGGCAUCAUUAGGAAAUACAUCGUCUUCUGCUCGAACCUGCAUCCGAUGGUAAUGAGUGAGUUUGAGGCCUCUCCCGACGCGUAUUUCUACAGGAUCACAAAUUUGGCUCGAAACAGGCAGUACAGCAUCUGGGUGGUGGCUGUGACAGCCGCUGGUCAUGGCAACAAUAGUGAGAAGAUCACAGUGGAGCCUUUGCCGAAAGCUCCAGCCAGAAUUUUAACCUUCAACGGUACAGUGACCACUCCUUGGAUGAAGGACAUUGUCCUGCCGUGCAAAUCUGUUGGAGACCCUCCUCCCACAAUCAAGUGGCUCAAGGGAAACACCAAUGGGACUCCUACGCCUGUCCUGGUAGAUGGUCGACGGAGCGUCCACGCCAAUGGUAGCUUCAUCAUCCGCACAGUGAAAGCAGAGGAUUCCGGAAACUACAGUUGUGUGGCCAGCAACAACUGGGGCUCAGACGAGAUCACGCUUAAUCUGCAGGUUCAAGUGCCUCCUGAUCAGCCACGUCUCACUGUCACCAAGACCACCACAACUUCAAUCACGUUGUCAUGGAUACCAGGAGACAAUGGCGGGAGCUCUAUCAGAGGAUACAUCCUGCAGUACUCAGAGGACAACAGCGAGCAGUGGGGCAGUUUUCCCAUCAGUCCCAGCGAGCGCUUGUACCGUUUGGAGAACUUGAAGUGCGGCACUUGGUAUAAAUUCACCUUGACCGCCCAGAACGCUGUUGGGCCGGGCCGAAUUAGUGAGAUAAUUGAAGCUAAAACCCACGGGAAAGAACCACAGUUUGCCAAAGAACAUGAACUCUUCACCAGUAUUAACUCCACCCGUGCCAGACUCAAUCUGGUUGGCUGGAACAACGGCGGCUGUCCAAUCAUUUCCUUCAUUCUCGAGUACAAAGCCGUGGAGUCGGCCACCUGGACUACGGCACAGCGCACGUCGCUGACCAAGAGCUACAUCCUGUACGACCUGCAGGAGGCCACCUGGUACGACUUGCAAAUGAAGGUCAUCAACAGUGCUGGCUCAGCAGAAAAGAAGCUCACCUUUGCCACUCUCAAUGCAGAUGGAAGUACCAUUCCUCCUCUGCUGAAAACAGGCGAUCCCAUUUCAGACAACAUGUCAGGCAGUGGAGGUCUGAAAAUGGUGGUGACCAUCACAUCUAUCCUGGUUGUGGCUGUCCUGGUGUUCAUUAUGCUUAUGGUGCUAAAGAGAAGACGCAGGGAGCAGAGGCUCAAAAGACUUCGAGAUGCCAAAAGCCUGGCAGAAAUGCUAAUGAGUAAGAAUACACGGACGCCAGAAAAUGUGAACAAGCAGCAACAGACACUAAGAAUGCACAUCGAUAUUCCGAGAGCGCAGCUGCUCAUCGAAGAGAGGGACACCAUGGAGACAAUCGAUGACCGAUCCACGGUGCUGCUGACUGAUAAUGACUUUGGCGACACAAAUAAGCAAAAGUCGUCCACAGUGACGCAUACCGUCCACUACCAGUCUCUUUCCCAAGCCACCGGACCACUGGUGGACGUGUCCGAUGCCAGGCCCGGAACCAACCCCACCGCCAGACGCACUGCCAAAGCCGGUCCUGCCGCCGCACGAAGCCGGUACGCCAGCCAGUGGACUCUUAACAGGCCACACCCCACCAGCUCUUCACACACCCUGACCACUGACUGGAGACUCCCCACGCCACGCGCUACUGGAUCUGUGGACAAGGAGAGCGACAGCUACAGUGUCAGCCCAUCACAGGACACAGAUCGAGCGCGAAGCAGCAUGGUGUCAACCGAAAGCGCCUCCUCCACCUAUGAGGAGCUGGCCAGAGCCUACGAGCACGCCAAGAUGGAGGAACAGCUCCGCCACGCAAAGUUCACCAUUACCGAGUGCUUCAUCUCCGACACCUCUUCCGAGCAGAUGACAGCGGGGACCAACGACUACACCGACAGCCUCACUUCCAGCACGCCGUCUGAGUCGGGCAUCUGCCGCUUCACCGCCUCGCCACCCAAACCUCAGGAUGUCAGCCGCGUUAUGAAUAUGGCCGCGCCCAAAGCGCACAGACCUGGAGGAGAGCUGGUACACUUACCGCCUUACCUCCGCAUGGACUUCCUUUUGAACCGCGGUGUGCCCCGGGGCAGUGGGGCGAGCAGCGGCGGAGCGGGUGGCGGAGGUUCUGCUGGUGCUACGGGAGAAACCAGAGGAGGCGCAGGAGGAGGAGCCAUGGGCCAGACCUGCCUGGAGCCCCAGAGGAGCCGUACCCUAAAGAGGCCCCCUCCGAUGGAGCCCACCAUGGAAGUGCCCUCACCCAGGGAGGUGCAACAGUGGCAGCCGGGAACGGCGUCCACCCUCCCGCACAGAGAUGUCCGGGAACGGGGAGAGGCUCGGGGUGAGGUCCGAGCAGAAGUCCCCUCCACUGGGGACCUGGCCCAAGCACAGGCUGCUAAGCUCAGCACCUCCCAGGAGUCCCUGCUGGACUCCAGAGGACACCUGAAACAAAGCAACAACCCCUAUGCCAAGUCGUACACUCUGGUAUAACACUUGGAUGACUUUGGAGACACACUGUUGGACGACGGGCACACCAAGGAUGGUUUUCCACAACACACUUUGUUGUAUAUAGAGUUGUUCCCGACAUGCGUCUGAUGGUGAUGCUUUUCCUUCAUUCUUUCUCUCUUCCUUCAUUCUUUCUCUCUUCCUUCCUUUCUUUCUUUCUUUCUUUCUUUCUUUCUUUCUUUCUUUCUUUCUUUCUUUCUUUCUUUCUUUCUUUCUUUCUUUCUUUCUUUCUUUCUUUCUUUCUUUCUUUCUUUCUUUCUUUCUUUCUUUCUUUUUCUCUGGUCUGUCUCUUUUGCUUUCAUUUCUUUCCUCUCUCGUUCAUCUGUGUUGCUUUGACACUUUUCAUUCUUUCGCACCUCUUUGGGAACUCACCGCUUUUAUUUUCUACUCGGCUAUUCUUUUAUUCUAAAGUGAGGACACACCAGGAUUGCCGAAAUGAUUUAUUUAAUAAUUGAGAUAGAGAAAAAUGUUAUUGAAAUUAUAUCAAGGACGAUUAGAGUCAUGAUUAUGAUUACUAUUAUUAUAUAUAUAUAUAAAAAGAACAUAAAAAAGUAAAAUGUAAUGGAGGAAUAUCACAAAGUGGAAGGUGAACAAUGCUUUCAUAAUUUAUUUUCAUUGUAAAACUAAGUUUGGUGAUUGACCGACGAGAACGUUUUUAGCACUCUGAAGGGCCAAUAGAGAAGAAUAAUGCCAGUGUCGAUCAACGCUAAUGUUUAUCAACCACUCCUGGCAGCUGCAUUGCGGGAAAUCACAAGAAAGAUCUUUUUGUUGUCACUAUAAAGAAAAAAAAUAUACAAUGUGAAUAUAUACUAUAAAGAGAUCACUUUUAUUUGUGGAUAUUAUGGGGAAAAUGAUUUGGUUAAUAAAGUCCUUAGUCAUGUUUGCACA